CCAAGAGAAGUGUUAUUCAUUUAUAAGUGCUCUCUCAAGUUACGGGAUUCAGAGGUUGUUUACUGAAGAAAAAAACGAAAGUUGAAUAUAUUGAAGCUGCAGUUGAUAGUAAAUGUGUACUUGCAAUGAAGAAUGAUCGUGGUUAAGACGUGAGCUGUUUUGUAUUACUGUACAUGAAGGGUGUGUGUUCUUGUUAGGAGUAUGUAUCGUAAUUGCACAAGUGGAACUGUACUGUGUCUUGUAAUUAGUGAAACUAAAACAUUAUUCCCAACACUCUGAUACGUCUAACCAUGGUCAGUUUACCAAAUAAGUCUAGGAAAUGCCAAUUGUUUUCACAAUAUUUCAGUUUUAGAUCCCAAAUUCAUUUUCUGAAGGAGUCUAAUAAUAGCUGGGAUCAAAGCCCACUCCAGUAAAGUAUUAGGGCAAGGGCGUUUAUGCUGAAGUAUCCAAUGCGUACAGUUCACAUUGUCAGGCAGCUUUAAACCCUUUUUUUGAUAACAGGACAGUAGCCUGCUACACAUUAAUACGCUUUGUUCCUUGUCAUUGGGCUUUGGUGUUUUUUCCUUAUGGAGGCCACCUUCAGUCUUAACUACAUCAGAACACUCCAAUUGUCUAUUGCUGAUUCAAGAUUUGGUUUAUUUAUUUAAUAAAAUGAACUGUGCUACUGCAGCAUUUUACUCCAGUAUUUUGCUGUAAACACUAUACUUUAAAGUGGUAAUUUUUAUUAUACAACAGUAAACUGUAGUGGCCAUACUUAGUACUGUAGUCUACUAUAACAUCCUUGAAUAGUGCAUACUUCAGUGGUUAUAGAAAUUUUCAGAAUUUACUAUAGCAUACUUUCAAGGAGGUGUAAUUGCCAGUAGUAUUUACUACAGUGCCUGUAUGUUAUACAGUAUUAAAAAAAGCAUUUACAGCAAAUUUACUCAUUAACAAUAGAAUCCUGUAUUAAAAUAUGUGUUUUAAAAAAGUUGCAAUAAUUUAAAGUUGUGUGAAGUUUAGAUUUUAUUUUUCAUAGAACAUAAUCCUGAAUAAGGGACACUGCAAUCACCACAGAGAGCAUAGGGAAACUAGUACCUCUUCUGCAGACCUUCAUAGCUGAUAGCUUCUUUUUUUUGUACUAAUUGUUACUCACAUGGGACUGUAAGGAUGUAACAUUUUAUUUACAAAUUCGUCCCUCGCUGAAGCUGGUGUUUGUGAAAGUUUAACUAACUGACAAGGGGCAGGGAAAAGCUAAUAAAGGGAAUGAAAAUUGAUUAUACCAUACUACACCUCUUUUUAAUAGCCAAAGACAAACCAGUUAACAUCUUUUCUUUGAAAUCUGGUGAGGACACAUGGUGAGGACUGUUAAGAUGGAGCAGGACUGUCAAGUCGGAAAACCCAUGCCUGCAGCUGAUCCCAAUCUGUCAAGCCCAGACAAUCAUCAUGACCUCACUGCCAGUGCAAGAGAGGAAGUGGAAAGCACCAAGGAGAACGAGGGUGAUUCCACACACAUGGACCAGAGCAAUGCCCAAGAGAAGCCAGUCAUGAAAACUAAGAUGGAACCCUCCUCCACAAAACUGUGUGGGUACCUGAACAAACUGGGGGGGCCCUUGAAGGCCUGGAAAGCCCGCUGGUUUGUUUUCGAAGAGAAGAAGUGCCAGCUGUACUACUACAGAACGUCACAGGAUGUCAAUCCCUUGGGAAGCAUUGACCUGGCUAACGCUACCUUUGUCUAUCCAGCUCAAGCUCAGGAAGGGACCUUUCAAAUUCAAAUCCCAGGAUGGGUUGUUGUGGUGAAGGUAUGUCUUUUUAAAAUUAAAGCAUAGGAAAUCCCCUAAUCUGUGAAGGUACGUGAAGCAGUAACAAGCCAGCCAAUAAAACUUAAUCAUAUACAUCUUGCACUUCCAUUCGUUGAGUAGAACACACAAGUGCAGUUCUGAGUUGAAACAAACACAAGUUACAGCAAACAUGUAUUUUCAUUAACAAAAAAAAAAAAAACACUAUUUGUGCCUAUACUGAUGUCUUAAUUAAGUUAUUUUGUUAGAUACAACCGCUUUGGUUGAGGAUACACUAAUCAGUUUGGACAUCCACUUACUGUCAUUUUUUUUUCAAAUAACCUUAAAAAACAAUGUAUCAUUUUAAGAAAGUGCCCUUGUGCAAUACCAAGGGUUCCCUUAUAAAUUUAACCACAGUAAAUUUAAUGCAGGAAUUUAGCAUUUUUCCCAUGGUUCUACAAUGCAUUUACUGUAGUUUACCAUGGUAUAUUAAUGUUCUUUACCAUACCUCUGUGUUCCAGGGAUGGAAAUAAGACUUCCAUUGCAUAGCAGUUUGAUCCAUUCCUGGUUUUACUUUGAGUUUAAUAUGACACAUCGGAACUUGUUACUUAUACACUGUGGCUAAUCAGGCUAAUUUUAACUGCAAUGCAAUAGGGGUUUGAAUGUCUGUCAUUUGGUGCAGGGUGUAAAAUUAGCUUUUGAGCACUGGGA